AUGGGGUUCCGCAGAUGGCGUUCGCGACUCAAGGGAAAGAAAGGAGAGUCUAGCUCAAUAGACCAACCUACUGUAGGUGGCUCCUCUGCUUCUCCAGACACAGGUCCCGGGACAGAAGAGGUGAAACCUAAUCCCAGCGCCUCCGUUCCCGAAGCGAAACCCGAGAUAGAACCAUUAUCAGAAGCCCGGAAGAUAUGGGAAGAAGCUUAUAAUUUAGUGAAGAACGAUGAAUCACUGAAGAGCAUCGUGGACGAAUAUGAGGCAGAAAUAAUAUCCGAGCUCCAGUCGCUGACUGCUGACCAUGACGGCCACCGAACUGGAGCAACUAACACGAACACCUCUCUGAUUGGCAAAAUCGCAAACCUCGACCCCGAAAGUCGACAAAAUCUCAUGAUGAGGCUAGUGAACAAAGACGGUGACCGGCCCGAUCGAUUCAAGACAGUCUCGCAAAUUUCAACCGUUCUUGAGUCGACCAAGACAACUAUCAGCUCAGCGCUUGAUGUUUACCCACCGGCUUCCAUGGCCUGGGCAGGAGUUUGUCUGGUCCUAACGCCCGUCUUCAAUCAUGUGAAGGGGCUCAAGGAGAAUUGGAACGGACUCACCUACAUCAUCUCGCGGCUACCCUGGACUCCGGAGGGGAACCAGAAGUUCAAGGUUCCCAUCCGAAAGGAGAUCGUCAACCUCUACCGGCUAAUCAUCGAGUACCAAAUGCUCACAUUCCGGGCUUGUCGUCACCCAUCCCGUGACUUUGCGAAGAACAUCGUUGGCUUGGCCGAGUGGACAGACAGGCUCCAGGACAUCAAGUCUGCCGAACAACAGGUCAACGAGUUGGUGCGUCACAACCACAUGACGCAGGUCCUCGUCAAUCUGGACGAAGCCAAUAAACAGUCCAAGUCUUUGCAGGUUCUGUUCGAAAAUAGAGACCGGUUAAGCGAACAGAACAAACUGAUUCAGGAAUUCAAACCGAACCCCAACCAGCACGAUUACCAGGCUUAUGGAGCCUAUUUCAACCACAUCGUGACCCCCCUCGAAGGGACCAACUAUGGGGUUCGCAAUCACCCGCGGUUCAAACGAUGGGAAUCCGGAGAAGAUCGCCUGCUUCUCCUUGUGGGAAAUCCGGGAACUGGCAAGUCUGUCUUCACCAAAUCAUUGCUGAAAGACCCGUCCAGACCCGAUUCAACGACAGUCUGUUCAUUUUUCUUCAAGGAUAAAAGUGGCCAGCAAAACAAUGCGAAUGUCGCGCUUUGCAAAAUCCUUUAUGAACUGUUUCUGGCCCAAGGGGAUCUUGUCGCUGGCGUCCAAGAAAUGGUCAAGCGUUGGGACAAAGAUGACAUACGAUGGAAUCUCGACAAACUCUGGGACGUUUUUGAAAGGGCAACACAAGGGGCUGCUCGUGACAGUAUAAUUGUUCUUCUGGAUGCGCUGGACGAAGCCGACCCAGAGCAGAGAACCAAGUUGCUCGAGCGGCUGCGACAGUCCUCAAGUCCGUCAGUCAAGUUCCUCCUGACAACACGUCCAAUUCAGCCUGUUCUCAGCAUCUUUGAACAGCGGAAAGAAGCUAUCCUGGAUUUGAAUGAUGACCCGAAAUGCAAUCAAUCCCUUGAUGACGACAUCGCAAAAGUAGCAGACAGCCGAUUAGAAAGAAUUUGUCAGGACAAACUGAUUGAGCAAGAAAAUCUCAAAGCAGAACUACGUGAUCAACUCGAGCAGCACAUACGGGAUAAUCAUACUUAUCUGUUUGUUGGACUGCUCUUUGACUAUCUCGAUAAGCAACCGAUGCAACGGCUUCCGACCAAAUGGAUUGAGACGUUCAAGUCGCUGCCAACCACAGUAUCUGAUGCUUACAGAGCUCUGCUGGAUAACAUUCGAAAGGAAGACCAAUCCGAUGUGAAGACUAUGCUUCAAAUUGUCCUUGCAGCACAGAGACCGCUCACGGUCAGGGAGAUGAACGUUGCCCUCAAUAUCAGUACAAUCGAUGGUAUCCACAGUGCCGAAGACAUGCAAUUAAUAUCCGUCGAGAAGUUCAAAAGAUGGAUUUUCCAAACCUGUCACUUCUUCCUGGUCAUCUACGAUAACAGAAUUCAUUUCAUCCACCAGACUGUCCGGGACUACCUUCUACCCAACCAACAGGAGGAUAAAAGACCCGAGUGGCUGGCUGACGAUUUUUCCGAAGAGAGCUGCCACCAGGCUAUUAUGAAGAGUUGCAUCCAAUAUAUAUCCGCUCCAUUCGUCCAGGCACCCCGUACUACAGUGAACAGUCUGGAACAGUUCUUCAACGCCCCUCUCUACACGCAACUCGAAUGCCAGCAGUGGUUCUAUGACCUAACUCAACCGCGUGCUGCGUCCACUAUUAUCGAGCAUGGGGAAAGUCCCAGCGUCACAAAGAUAGAGGACAGUCUCAGACCGUCUGAAGAGACCUUGAGGGAAACGCACGAAUUUUAUGAAUAUGCCUUCACACAAUGGUUCGUCCAUCUGGACUUUAUCCGGAAACAUGAGAAGAAGAAAUGGCCGGAGAUACUCGAGGAUAUCCAGAAACAAUAUGUCUCCAUGUCGUUUGAUCUUGCCGAGUUUAUCUUCUGCUGCUCUAGCCUCCCCUCCAAGAAGGAGGUGGAAGUAUUCACAACCAUGCCAUCAAUGGGUGCCGGUGAUCGUGAUCUCGCUCUGAGCUGCUUGACGCAGGGCCUAGUUACACGGUAUCACAGAACUAGCCUAAUGUCCGAGUUAUGUUAUGCCAUUGAUCUGGCGAAAGAGGUCAUCGGCCGGACUGAUACCAAUGAUCAGAGGCUAGGGAGGAGACUUGUGGACAUAAGCAGGGCUUACAUGCAACGAGAUAUGGAGAGUAGCGGCGAUUAUGCUCAGUUGGCUCUCGAAACUGCUGUGCGAGCGAUCGAAGUGACUUCGCCUGACCAUGUCGAUCGGUCUCGAGCUUUGAAAGCUCGUUCUAACGCUCUUAGCGUGCGGUUUCUCAAUAAAAAGGAUGAUGAAGACAUUAACGAGGCGAUUUCUGAUAUGGAGAGCGCUCUUAACCCUACAUUAUACUCUCUGGACAAGCAAGACGAGGCGCUUUUCUUGCACGAUCAUGCAAUCUACCAUGGUUAUCGGUACCUACAUAGCAGAGCAGCUAGGAGGGACACGGAUCUUGACAGGGCUAUUACGGCUGCCCAGCAAGCAGUAAAAGGUGUCUCGUCCCGCAAUCCUCGCCGAUGUAACGCAUUACAUACGCUGGGUGUGUGGCUCGGAGUACGCGCCAGAGAAACGAAGAAGAAAGAACAUGUCGAUCAGGCCAUCGAAGUGCAUCGAGAGGCCCUCAAGAGCACGCCGCCUACGGGCGCUGAUCGUGCUUCGGUACUACGUAGAUUAGCAUCCCAGCUGCUGCUCCGAUAUGAACUCGAGGGCUCAAAGGACGAUCUCCAAGAAGCUCUGGGCUUUGCCUGCCAAGCAAUUCAUACCAUUCAAGAGUACCAUAAUCUCUACCCCCAAUGUUUGGAUCUACAUGCACAAAUACGGGAACUUGCCGAGAGUGAGAACCUGCAGCACGGGGAUUGCGACGUUGGAUAUCGAAGUUUAACUCGCUGUAUUCAUAUUCAGAACAUUUCAUCAAAAUCCCGGCAGUGA